AUGACAAUGGUGUGGUUGGCCUUAUUGGAAGACGCUGCAAAUGGUCGGAUUAGGAGGGAACGGGUGUUCCGUGAUUAUACCGAUUUCCUGGCUCACGAUGAUGACUGGCUUAUCAGCCGAUUCAGACUUCCAAGAGCCAUUCUUUUGGAGCUCUGUGCUGAGUUGGGCCCGGGGUUGGAGAGGGAGAUGGCGAGGAGUCACGCCUUACCCGUUCCUAUCCAAGUCCUGACCACGCUUGGGUUCCUAGCAACAGGCUCAUUCCAGAGGGAACUGGCCGACCGGUCGGGAAUGAGCCAGACAGCUCUCAGCCGCGCUAUUCCGUCUGUGUUAAAUGGGAUCAUCCGACUGUCGGCCAGGUACAUACGGUUUCCCUAUGAUGUGGCAGACCAAGCACAGAUAAAAGCGCAAUUUGCAGCGAUAGCCGGUUUUCCAAAUGUAAUCGGAGUGAUCGACUGCACGCAUAUUGCUAUAAAGGCGCCAUCUGAGGGUGAAUAUGCGUACGUGAAUAGGAAACAUUUCCACUCUAUAAACGUACAGAUUAUAUGUGAUGCCCAAAUGCGCCUGACAAAUAUCGUGGCAAGGUGGCCUGGGGCGACCCACGAUGCAUUCGUCCUGGCGAACAGCUCGGUGGGAAACAGGCUGGAUGCCGGCAGAGUGCGUGAUGGGUGGUUACUUGGAGACAGCGGCUACCCACUCCGAAAAUGGUUACUGACCCCCCUAGCCAACCCACGGACUGAUCAGGAGCAGCGCUACAACAACCUCCACGCACGGACGCGGUCAGUGGUGGAGCGCACCAUUGGCCACCUGAAAAGCCGGUGGCGCUGCCUUGACCGGAGUGGGGGGGGUGCUGCUCUAUCAGCCCGACAAGGCGUGCCGUAUUGCGCUGGCGUGUGGCGUGUUACACAAUGUGGCGCAGCGGCACGGCGUGCCAAUAAUGGAGCGAGACCUGCUGGAGGACCCAGACCCUGGGCCUCACAACGAGGUGCCACAGCGACAUGGCAUACAAACCCGGCAGCGCUUAAUAGCCACAAUGUGAAAAGGACCGCGCGCAUCAGCACCCGGUCUGUGGACCCGGCGACAGGGGCAGACUCAGAAGUGGAAGGAUUCGACUUUCGACUUUCUCAGAUGUGGGAACUUGGUGCUCGCAAUGAUGUCACUGUCAAGCGAGUGCUCCAGAGUAGGAAAGAAAGAAACACGGACGAAACGAUGUGUUUGCCUUCUGUUAGCAACAAGAUAACCGGCUAA